AUGGCAGACCCGUCGUUUAAUUAUCAAGGUAAUAUUGAUAUACUUAUCGGCGGAGACACUUAUUGGGACAUAAUGUGCGCUGAUAAAAUAAAAAUCAAUGAUGGACCAUAUUUACAAAAAACAUUGUUCGGAUGGGUAGCAGUAGGUAAAACGACGAAUAAUUUAAGUAUGACAAGACCAAACACAUGCUUGUUAGCAACUCGGAAUCAAUAUAAAAUAUUAGAAGGUAAAAUCGAAGCGUUCUGGAAAAUGGAAGAGGUGUCGUUAAAACGUAAUUUCACUGACGAAGAAAAUACAUGCUCCAAACAUUUUAUUGAGAACGUCACGAGAAAUAAAGACGGUAGAUUUGUGGUGAGGUUACCAUUCAAGGACAAUUAUCGGCAGUUAGGUAACUCACAUGCAUCAGCAUUACGAAGAUUCUUAUCAUUAGAAAAACGAUUACGCAAUAAUACCGAGCUAUAUACGAAAUAUAAAAUGUUUAUGCUAGAAUAUGAAAACCUUAAACACAUGGAGUGCGUAUGCGACGCAGGCGGUGAUAAACAGGUAAUCGAUGACAAUAAUUGCUUUUAUCUACCACACUCGUAUGUGAUAAAUGACCGCAGUAGAACAACAAAGCUUCGUGUUGUUUUCGACGGGUCAGCAAAAACAAGUACCGGCAUAUCAUUAAAUGAUACAUUAAUGAAUGGUCCGAAAAUACAGCCUGAUUUGUUAGAAAUCGUCAUUCGGUUUAGAACACAUAGAUAUGCGUUCUCGGUCGAUAUAACAAAAAUGUUGUGA